AUGGCCCCAAGUGAGACAGCUAACGGCUCGUCUGAGCAAACUGGCAACACUGUUCCUUUCAUCAUCAGCGGCAAAGAUAUCACCUCAACCUCAACUUUUGCGGUAAAUAACCCUGCCACCGGCAAGAAGCUCUGGGAUGCCUCGUCCGUGUCAAACAGCGAAGCCAUUGGCGCUGUCGAGACAAAACCGAGUUUCCGGAGAGGCAUCCUGCUCCGCGCGGCAGACCUCUUUAGCCAAGAGACAGGUGCGGGGCGGCAGUUUAUGGAGAUCAACAUCAAUGCUACGGCUCAGAUCUUGAGGGAUAUUGGCGGGCGAAUUGAAGCUGCGGUCGAAGGAUCAGUUCCGGCGACGGCAGAGGAGGGCUCACACGCAAUCGUGGUCAAAGAGCCAUAUGGUGUAGUGCUCGCAAUUGCCCCAUGGAAUGCUCCUUAUGUACUGGGAGCACGAUCAGUCGCGUUUGCCCUUGCAACAGGCAACACGACGGUCCUUAAGGGUUCCGAGCUCAGCCCACGCGUCUUUUGGGCUAUUGGCGAUAUCUUUCGACAGGCUGGCCUGCCGGACGGCUGCCUUAACAUAAUCUAUCAUCGACCGGCAGAUGCGGCUGCCGUCACUGAAGCGCUGAUCGCCCAUCCAGCAAUCAAGAAGAUCAACUUUACUGGCAGCACCCUUGUCGGAAGCAUCAUCGCUAGCUUGGCGGGUAAACACGUGAAGCCGCUCUUGCUGGAACUUGGCGGCAAGGCUAGCGCCAUUGUUCUAAAGGACGCGGGCGUGAAAAAGGCCGCUAUUAGCUGCGCCGUGGGCGCUUUCAUCCACGGUGGCCAGGUGUGUAUGUCGACAGAGCGCAUCCUGGUGCAUAAGUCUAUCGCGCAAGAUUUCAGCGCCGCUCUCAAAGAGGCCACGCAGAAGCUCUUCGGCUCCGAGAGUCCGCCAUUUGUGCUCGUCAAUGCCGUAGCCGUGCAGAAGAAUAAGUGGCUGAUCGCCGACGCGGUCAGCAAGGGCGCGAUAACCCUGGUGGGAAAUGCCGAGGCCGCCGAAGACCAGCCAACCAAGAUGAGGCCCGUCAUAAUUGCCGACGUGUCUAAAGACAUGGAUAUUUACUCCACGGAAUCUUUCGGGCCGAUAGUGUCUCUAAUCACGUUUGAAACGGAGGAGGAGGCGCUCGCUGUUGCAAAUGAUACGGACUAUGGACUUUCGGGGGCUGUCUUCUCCGAGGACCUAAAAGCCGCCAUGAGGGUCGCUAGGAAGUACGAGUCCGGGGCGGUUCACAUCAACUCGAUGACUGUGCAUGACGAGGCUUCACUGGUGCAUGGGGGAGCUAAGAAGAGCGGCUAUGGAAGGUUUAAUGCCGCAUAG